AUGGGGCUCUGGGCGCUGUUGCCUGGCUGGGUUUCUGCUACGCUGCUGCUGGCGCUGGCCGCUCUGCCCGCAGCCCUGGCUGCCAACAGCAGUGGCCGAUGGUGGGGUAUUGUGAACGUAGCCUCCUCCACGAACCUGCUGACGGACUCCAAGAGUCUGCAACUGGUACUGGAGCCCAGUCUGCAGCUGUUGAGCCGCAAACAGCGGCGUCUGAUACGCCAAAAUCCGGGGAUCCUGCACAGCGUGAGUGGGGGGCUGCAGAGUGCCGUGCGCGAGUGCAAGUGGCAGUUCCGGAAUCGCCGCUGGAACUGUCCCACUGCUCCAGGGCCCCACCUCUUCGGCAAGAUCGUCAACCGAGGCUGUCGAGAAACGGCGUUUAUCUUCGCUAUCACCUCCGCCGGGGUCACCCAUUCGGUGGCGCGCUCCUGCUCAGAGGGUUCCAUCGAAUCCUGCACGUGUGACUACCGGCGGCGCGGCCCCGGGGGCCCCGACUGGCAUUGGGGGGGCUGCAGCGACAACAUUGACUUCGGCCGCCUCUUCGGCCGGGAGUUCGUGGACUCCGGGGAGAAGGGGCGGGACCUGCGCUUCCUCAUGAACCUUCACAACAACGAGGCUGGCCGUACGACCGUAUUCUCCGAGAUGCGUCAGGAGUGCAAGUGCCACGGGAUGUCCGGAUCCUGCACGGUGCGAACGUGCUGGAUGCGGCUGCCCACCCUGCGCGCCGUGGGCGAUGUGCUGCGCGACCGCUUCGACGGCACGCGCACGCAGCGCGUCACCGAGCGCUGCAACUGCACCUUCCACUGGUGCUGCCACGUCAGCUGCCGCAACUGCACGCACACGCGCGUACUGCACGAGUGUCUGUGAGGCGCUGCGCGGACUUGCCCCCCGGGAACGCUCUCCGCGAGCCCUCCCCCAAACAGACUCGCUGGCACUCAAGACCCGGUUAUUCGCCCACCCGAGUACCUCCAGUCACACUCCCCGCGGUUCAUAUGUAUCCCAUCUCUCCCACUUCCUCCUACCUGGGGACUCCUCAAACCACUUGCCUGGGGCGGCAUGAACCCUCUUGCCAUCCUGAUGGACCUGCCCCGGACCUACCUCCCUCCCUCUCCGCGGGAGACCC